AGAAACAGAUCCUGAGUCCAUGCACAAACGCACAGGGACUGCUGUUACCCUCCUCAAUCUAUCAAUCUUUCAAUCUAUCUUCCACAUUCUGGAUUCCAACAAGCUCUCCAUAGGCGAGAAUGCGGAGACUAAGAAUCAUAAUUCUUGUGACUAUGAUGAUAUCGUGGUCGCCAUGGGUUCAGGCUAUGCGGUUUGAUCUAAAAUCAGGCUCCUCAAAAUGCAUAACAGAGGACAUCAAAAGCAGUGCCCUGACGGUUGGAAAGUACAGCAUUAUUACUGAUAUUCAGCCUCCCCCUGAUUCCCAUAAAAUCACUAUCCGGGUGACAUCACCGUAUGGGAACAACUAUCACUAUUCGGAUCAUGUGGAUUCAGGCACAUUUGCAUUUACAGCCGCUGAAUCAGGUGAUUAUAUGGCUUGUUAUUGGGCAGUUGAUCACAAGCCACCAGUCACACUCUCAAUCGAGUUCGACUGGAAAUCAGGCGUUGCAGCAAAAGAUUGGUCCAAGGUUGCUAAAAAAGGACAAGUGGAAGUCAUGCAAGUUGAGCUGCAGAAACUGUAUGAUAGUGUGACAUCUAUUCACGAAGAAAUGUUUUACCUACGUGAAAGGGAGGAAGAGAUGCAAGCACUAAAUCGAUCAACAAAUUCAAAAAUGGCAACUUUUAGUUUUCUUUCGCUCUUGGUUUGCUUGUCUGUGGCUGCUCUGCAACUAUGGCAUCUGAAGACCUUUUUUGAGAGGAAGAAGCUCCUUUAGAGUGAGCUUUACUUGCAUCUCCACAAACUUCUGAUACAAAAUCCAAGGUUGCAGGCUCCAUUGUAAAUGACUAAAGAUUGUUUUUCGACUGAAUCAUUCAUGUUAAGACUAGAAAAAUCCUUGGAGCCUAGCUGUUGUUUAGAGUAAUCACCUUUGGUGUUUCGGUACUUGUAAUUCUCUUUUUCCUUUCACCAACUUAUAUACGUUUUACUUUAGUUGAGGUAUCAGGUGCCCGGCCUAGAGAAAACGUGGAACUGUUGAGAUCAAGCCAACCAACCAGUACUCGAAAUUAAACAAAUUCGACCCGUUUGUAGUGUUUCAUUUGUAGUGUUUGAUGUUUUCUGAGUCCCUGGUGAUGUCGACAAGUGUAUCCGUCCAACUCUUAGAGAUUCGGCUAGUAUUCUUUGACAAUGUAAAACUUGAAAUUGGUCGACAGAUAUGAUACGGGUUAAGUAUCACUUUCCUCGAA